AUACAACGACAAAAAGUAGCAGAAGAAGAAACCAACAUGGCGUCGCAGUACUACCAAGAUAUGCAAGAGAACUUUAAAAAUAACAAUAAAAGUCGUGAAUUUCCAGCUCACAGUGCUAAAGUUCAUUCAGUUGCUUGGAGUUGCGAUGGCAGGAGACUUGCGUCAGGAUCUUUCGACAAAACAGCGAGUGUAUUCGUCUUGGAGAAAGACCGGCUGGUUAAGGAAAACAACUACAGGGGUCAUGGAGAUAGUGUAGAUCAGCUGUGCUGGCACCCGACUAACCCAGAUCUGUUUGUGACGGCCUCCGGAGACAAGACCAUCAGGAUCUGGGAUGUCAGGACCACCAAAUGCAUUGCAACAGUCAGCACGAAAGGUGAAAAUAUAAACAUAUGUUGGAGCCCAGAUGGACAGACCAUCGCUGUCGGAAACAAAGAUGAUGUGGUCACUUUUAUUGAUGCAAAAACUCAUCGGUCCAGAGCUGAAGAGCAGUUUAAGUUUGAGGUGAAUGAAAUCUCCUGGAACAAUGACAACGAUAUGUUUUUCUUGACCAACGGAAGUGGCUGCAUCAACAUUUUAAGCUACCCUGAGCUCAAGCCCAUCCAGUCCAUCAAUGCCCAUCCCUCCAACUGCAUCUGCAUCAAGUUCGACCCCACAGGGAAGUACUUCGCCACGGGCAGCGCAGAUGCCCUCGUCAGCCUAUGGGAUGUGGAGGAGCUAGUGUGUGUGCGGUGCUUCUCACGACUGGACUGGCCGGUGCGAACCCUCAGCUUCAGCCACGAUGGGAAGAUGCUGGCCUCUGCGUCCGAGGACCACUUCAUCGACAUCGCUGAGGUGGAGACAGGAGAGAAGCUGUGGGAGGUGCAGUGUGAGUCCCCCACGUUCACGGUGGCCUGGCACCCCAAGCGCCCCCUGCUGGCCUACGCGUGCGACGACAAGGAGGGCAAGUACGACAGCAACAGAGAAGCUGGCACUGUUAAGCUCUUUGGACUGCCCAAUGACUCCUGAAGAAUCAGCCAUUUUUCCUCUCACUGUCACACACACACACACACACACACAGACACACACACACACACACACACACACACACACACACAGAGUCAGCCCAAGUUAGAACAGAGGUCAGAGGAACAGAGUUGACCUCUCUCUCUCUCUCUCUCUCUCUCUCUCUCUCUCUCUCUCUCUCUCUCUCUCUCUCUCUCUCUCUCUCUCUCUCUCUCUCUCUCUUUCUUUCUCUCUCUCUCUCUGUUUCUCUGUAUCUAUCUCUUUUCUUUCUCUCUCUCUCUCUCUCUCUCACACACACACACACACACACACACACACACACACACACACACACACACACACACAGAGUACAAAAGAGUCUCCAUUCUCUUGUGUGAAUGUGGUCAGACUCCUUUAUAAACAAACUGAUCAUUCACAACACACUCACAUUUGUACAUCCACGCUGUGGCAUCGUAUUACAUAACUCUCCAAGGCCUUGGUUGGUACAACAGUGAGAGGCAUGGAUAACGACCCUGGCCAGUUAUACGUUUACAGUGCAUCAGCCAUCACUGUACUGGACUUGAUCAUUUUUAUUAUCCAUUAUUAAUUCUGAUUGGUCACUGUGCUGACAUCACUCCCUUGUUGCCCUCUGCAGAUUCAGUCAUCUCUACAAAGAGCCCUCAGAGUGUUCUGUUGGGGGGGGGGGGUAUGUCUGUUGUAUGGUCUCUCAUACUGUCUGUAGUCUACCUGUUAGAGUAAAUCAUGUAUAGUUGAGAAGUCAGAGGAUACAGUCGUGGUUGUAUUUUGCAGUACAGACACAAUUGAUUUACAAGUUCUUGCCAGUCCACCUCUCAGGAUGAUAACUUGGGAAUGAAAUGCUACUCUUGAAAUAUUUUUGUAUAUCUUGAAUAACAGAGUAAAUUGAUCUCCCACUGCCCCACAAACACCCACCUUCUGCUAGUUUGGUCAGAAUACAUUUUGUUGUCAACAUGAAACGUUUAUCAGUUUAUCAGAUGGGGUUACAAGAUGGGAACCAGUGCUUUGUAAGGGCCAAAUGAAAUUACUAUGACUCAUUGCACACUAUUGAGGAUGGUUGCCUAUUCUUGAUUUUAUUUUUUCUCCAUUGUUUCCCCUUCUGCUGUUCAGUUCGACUAGUAGUAGUAGGACAGACCGUGCUGAGGCCAGAAUAGUGGAGGUACAUCAACAACCGAAAGGGUCCAAUAAGGGAUUGUCGUGUUCCCACUGAUGACCUGCAGAGGGUGAUAUUGCAUAUUUUACUGGAUUGUGUCCUCGGGCUACAUUCCGUUGUGGUUCCCCUCUCAAAUCAAAGGGGGAGUUGUAGAGCUUUGUUUUUACCUCUGGUGUUGUUUUUUUAUAUUAAAAUGUGAAAACUGUG